AUGGUUUCGCCGAGGCUGGAUUCCAUCGGCAGCAAGGAGCAGCGGGGUAGGCGGCGGAAUAGUAAGUGUAGGGUCAUAGGUUCGGCUCCCUCCCUGCGUGAUCUUUUUUUUUGCAUUUUCAGAAAUUUUCGCGUAAGUACUCCUUUUUUGAGUUCCGGAAAGCCGAACCAUGAAAAUACUUCGUUUUGAUCAUUUUCAAGCACCUGGAAAUCUUUUUGGCAAAAAUUUUUUUCAACUCAUUUUUCACAUUUUUCCAUGUGUAUGAGCAAAGGGUGGAGAGUGAAAAUUUUCUGAAAAUUUUUUUUUCUUUUUUGAACAACUUUUUAUCGCUGUGUAGUUCAAACCUUAUCAAUUUUUUUCUAUGUCAUUCUUUUUUUCCGCGCUUUUUUUCAAUUUUCAAUAUCUGAUUUUAUCCCUCACAGAAUUACUUCAAAAAAAGGUUUUAUUCAAAAAUUUCAGGCAGAAAAAAAUAUCAAAAAAAUUUCCAUGACAAGACAAAGUCAUGGGAAAAAUCUAACACCAAUGGUAUUCUUUGACGUAGUGAAUGAAACAAUAUUCAAAAAGACAAUAAGGGCAUCGGAUGAAAGCCAUGGAGACGCCUUUUUCGUUCAAGAGAAGCCAGUCACACGUGUCACUGCAUUUCGAAUAGAUGAUCUCAUCUUCAUUUUUAACCUUUUUUUAUUCCAAUUUAUUUAACCGGAUUUCGAUUUUUCCUUUUUUUAUUUUAUCGUUUUUUUGUUGAAUGUGACGUUUGAUCCCACAUGGUAUAAAAAAAUUGAACUUAAAAAAAUUUCUAUAUAUUAAUUUCAAAAAAAUUUAGGAAUGCUUAUCAAUCCGGCAACGAUCAUCCAAGAAUUGUCAAUUUUCUUCGGAGUUGCACCUCCUGGAUAUUCUCUUUCAAGGGAAGAAAUGAAAAUGAUAGGAAUGAUGAAGACACUGCUGAUGGAAGGCAAAGAGGGACCUCUCGCUAUGGAUGAAAAGGAAGAGCCGGUCUACAACCCCGUGGACGCAGUAAACGACGACUCCGAAUGGACAGACAGUGAUCAGCCAAUUGAAACCGUAACUAAUGCGUUUGGAGAAUACCCUUUUUCAACACAGACAGCUACAUCAGAACAGGUAGGUGAUAAAGAUAUAUACGUAUUUUAUGUUCUCUUUGCUCUCUUUUUAUUGAAAAUUUUUUUGACCGAAAGUAGAAAAAAAUAUUUUCAGGUAUCGGCAGCCGUAGCCCAUUUGAGAGGAUCAGUCAAAGGCACAAGGUCAUUGUCCAGUAUGUCCCACAGUUUCAGGUUCAUAAAGUCGGAAUACGAUAUGCGUCUACUUCGAAAAUACGAAUUGAACAGUAUGACCUUAAAUUUCGCUCAAAAAAAAAAACAACUUACUUUGUAGUGACUGCGAAAAAACGAUCCGUUGGACUGGAAAAAUUGAAAGAGGUUUUGGGAGAAAUAGUAAAGCAAAAGUUCAUAGAAGGUAAUUAGAGUCUUUGGAAAAAUAAAACUAUUAGUGGGUCCAUUUAAAGGGAUCAGCUUGCAUGAUCUAGACAUCAAACGUCUUGCCUUGAUCGUGAACAAGCAGAACGGAUUCGUGGAGAACUUCACAGCUUCUCCAUCUUUCAUCACUCGUUUCAAAGCUUCGAUUGGAAUGUCAAGCCGGCGAAUUACAACGUUUGUCUCUACAAAAACAAUCAAGGACAUGGCAAAAAUCACUGAAGCUGCCAAGAACUUUGUAAAACAAGUUCGACAAGAAGUAAGCCUUUUUUACUGUUUCAAUCUCAUAAAAAUUUCACCAUCCAGAUGCUGACUUCACCGCACAAAACAUUUGUGAAUGCGGAUCAGUCGGGGUUUAACAAAGAAAUGACAUGUCCGAGAUCAUUGGCGCUCAAAGGGGACAAGACGGUUGUUCGUUUGGUUCAAUCUGUGGCGGAAACCACUCACUCGUACACUGUGCUACCUCUGCACUAUGCCGAUGGGAGAUUGGGGAGAAAACUUUUUGUGCAGAUGGCAGAGCCUAAUGGUUCUUUUCCUGCCAAAGGGAUUUUUCAAACCAAAAACCUUCAUGUCGUCGCAGCUCGUUCUCACAUGAUGAGCAAGUCGACGAUGUUCGAGUGGCUGCAAGAGUGCGUGCUUCCAGAAAGCGCUCCUGAAUUGAUGAUGCUCCUUGACUCAUGGUCUGGCUUUCGCGACAAAGCUUCGAUUGAAGCCAUGGCUAGUACCGGCAAGACGAUAGAAGUUAUGACAAUACCUGCUGGAUCUACAUCAAUGUGCCAACCUUUGGAUCUCUUUUUUUUCCGGCAGUUCAAGGUGUUGUCAAGAAAUUCCAUCAUUUCGUCUUGGUGAACGAUGUCGAUUUCUCGUUGCAAGGGAGGGACAACAUCCUCAAAGUCGUUUCUCUCGUGUACCGUAUUUUUUCCCACCCAAAUUACCAGGGAUUCUUGAAACACGCGUGGGUGAUUGGAGGAUUCAUUGACAGACAGAUCACAAAGUUUGUCACGCCUGCGGAGGAAAUAUUCGUCAAAGAUGCGGACAGCUCAUGUGUCGUACCAGGAUGCUCGGAGCCCAUGGCUUUCAUCCGAUGCCCUUAUUUUCUUUUUUUGAAUAUUAUUUCAUUCACUACGUCAAAGAAUACCAUUGGUGUUAGCUUUUCCCAUGACUUUGUCUUUUUCAUGGAAAUUUUUUUGAUAUUUUUUUCUGCCUGAAAUUUUUGAAUAAAACCUUUUUUUGAAGUAAUUCUGUGAGGGAUAAAAAUCAGAUAUUGAUUGAAAAAAAGCGCGGAAAAAAAGAAUGACAUAGAAAAAAAUUGAUAAGGUUUGAACUACACAGCGAUAAAAAGUUGUUCAAAAAAAGAAAAAUUUUCAGAAAAUUUUUCACUCUCCACCCUUUGCUCAUACACAUGGAAAAAAAUGUGAAAAAAAUGAGUUGAAAAAAAUUUUUGCCAAAAAGAUUUCCAGGUGCUUGAAAAAUGAUCAAAACGAAGUAUUUUUCAUGGUUCGGCUUUCCGGAACUCAAAAAAAGGAGUACUUACGCGAAAAAUUUCUGAAAAUGCAAAAAGAUCACGCAGGGAGGGAGCCGAACCUAUGACCCUACACUUACUAUUCCGCCGCCUACCCCGCUGCUCCUUGCUGCCGAUGGAAUCCAGCCUCGGCGAAACCAUACACACCCUCGCGCGCGCAAGGGCCUCAACAUUGCGCAGCUUUGA